AUGACAAUAUCAGUUGCAGCAUCAGGCCGGUGGCUGAAUGGUAUUAGAAAAUGGUACUACAAUGCUGCAGGGUUCAAUAAACUAGGGUUAAUGCGAGAUGACACAAUAUAUGAAGAUGAAGAUGUAAAAGAAGCCAUAAGAAGACUUCCUGAAAACCUUUAUAACGACAGGAUGUUUCGCAUUAAGAGGGCUCUGGACCUGAACAUGAGGCAACAGAUCUUGCCUAAAGAGCAGUGGACAAAAUACGAGGAGGAUAAAUUCUACCUUGAACCAUAUCUGAAAGAGGUUGUUCGGGAAAGAAAAGAGAGAGAAGAAUGGGCAAAGAAGUAA